AAUAAAUCUAUUGAAAUUGAAUUUUCAUAUCUCAGAUUUAAAUGUGGAUUUUAGAAUUACAACAAGACAAAAUAAAAUGAAUCAGAAGGAUCAUUCAAAACCUAAUCAUAAAUCUUGUUGAUUUGUGCAAAUGACAUAGUACAAAUAAAAGAAAGUAAAGAAUCAAAUGCAAAAAGGAAUUCGUUUCUUUAUUAGCCAGAAGUUAGAAAUACCUAAGAAUAAUAAUUGUAAACAGAAGAAAAUCCAUUACCAAGUAAUAUCUUAAGUAUAAUAUUUCUUCCAAAUACUUUGAUAAAGAUCAAACUGAC